GCGCUGACGUCAUCACAGCGCGCCCGCUCAUUACCAGCAGCAGCAACAACAGCUAGAGCUAACAUGUCAGACAAGAAACAGACCGUGGACCUGGGCUUACUGGAGGAGGAUGACGAGUUUGAAGAAUUCCCCGCUGAGGACUGGACGGGGCUGGAUGAAGACGAGGAUGCUCAUGUUUGGGAAGAUAACUGGGAUGACGACAACGUGGAGGAUGAUUUCUCCAACCAGCUGAGAGCGGAGCUCGAAAAACAUGGUUACAAGAUGGAGACGUCAUAGUGGCUUGCAGAUCAUUUCAGUGUCGAAAGACAUUCAACAUGGACUUUGCUAUUUGAAUAUUACUGGUCGACCACUUGCCACACAAGACAUUUAAGGAUGUUGAUUUGUUUAUUUUGUAAAAAAACAAAAAAAAAACCCAAACAGAUACAUGCAAGUAAAAUGUAAGGAGGAAACGGUCCCUUUUGAGUGUUUUCUUUAACCUGCUAGUUAUACUGAACAAGAUUAAAUAGCAGCAAUAUAAGUGUAUGUUAUUUACAUAUUGUAUGCAUUUAUUUCACACCUUUGUGUGGCAUCCCGCUUGUUUAGUCCUUGACCUUUUAACGCUGGAUUUUUUUUUUUUUUUUUUUGAGUGUUAAUUAAAAACUUUCUAAAUUUGGGCC